AAGGAUGACGGCCUACCAAUUCUAAUCCUUAUAAUGGAACACUGCCUCUGGACCGAGAUCGAGGAGGUGGAAAAUGCUAUUUUGCGGCGAGAUAGAAAUAAAAGGUCACACGACCACGGGAAAUAACCGAGUGAAAUCUGCCUUGGGCACGUCGGCGGGAUAACACAGCACCGCCUAUUGGAGGAGAUAUCGAAGCAUGUUGCUUCAACAGAGUGAAUGUCCCUGCCCUUCAUGGCUAACAGGUGCAAUUGGGGGAAAACAAAACGUCCAAAAUUCUCAUACCAUUUUUAAUCGAAGAUGAAAGGAGCCUCGCGGCUGGACAAGAAGCGGAUAGCCUCACGGCUUACUUUUUGGGACUUUUUACGGCGUUGGUGUUUUCAUUUUCGUUCUUCUAAUACCCUCUUCACGAGAUUGGAUACCUAUUCUACUUCCAGCGAGCGAGCGAGCGGGUCUACAUUAUUGUGUCUACCACUUUCAUACUAUUUUCUUCAUUUUGUAACGGAAAGAUACCUCUCAAGUUGGCCAUGUUUAUCUUAUUCUUUUGUAUCAUUAAAAAGCAAAAAGCACCACGCUUCGUGGGCCAUUAUCAAACCGGAUUCGAUGACGAGCAAGACUCUGGGAGCGGAGGCGAAUUCAUACAUUAGCGAAAUGAUUUGUCCACCACCCGAGCCCUUAUGUGUGUUUACUACUGAUCCUUCUUUGACUUGGUGUGGCAGACUUCUCGAACUUUGGGUGUUGGUUGAUGUCGUCAGCCUAGGUACUUGCGAUGACCAGGGUUCGAAUCUAACCCAUGGGGGUUGGCCGAAAAGCCUCAGGUGCGGGAAUUUAUUUAACGAAUAUGAUGUGAACGACUACGUACUUUGAUACCUUGGUGUCAUGUUGAAAAGACUUUAUGAGCAGGAAUGUGGAUGUGGGAUGCGAUACGAACUGACAUAAUGCUCAUUUGUCCGUUUCGCACGGCUUGCUUCUAGAUCCGAAUGAACCGAAAGCUGAGCAUCCCUCAGGGAUGUCUUAGUGUGUUGGGAUGAACCAACAGUAGCCUGAUGCUCUUAUGAUAUCAAACAUUGGAAGAAUUUUCAAAAUUGUCGCGCUCAUAAAUGAUGGCGUG